CCUGGUUCAUAUUAAGAGAUAUGUAAAUAUUACCUAUUAUUAAUCCCUUGUAAUUUGGCUAUAUGUGUAUGAGGUGGUGAUUAGGUGUUGGGGGCCACAAGCAAGCAGCACCCACAAGUAAAAGUUUCCUCAAUUAGAGUUUCCAUAUAGUUAUUCUUCCUCCCUCCCCACCUCCCCCAAUCACACACAUACUCUCCAAGACCUUUUCCAACAAUCACUGCAUUGGGGGAGAUGCUCAGAGAGCAUCCAUCUCUUUAGUAUUCAAAGCAGAGGUUACCCAGGUGAACCAAGUAGAGAGCACCUCUUACAGAAUAGAGAUUUGGGUGGUGGAAGGGUGGGGAAAAUAGGGAUGUAGCAGGUCAGCGGGCUUGCCUGGGCCCUCCAUUCCUUUCUUCCCUCCCAUCCCAUCCUGACUCUCCAGAAGAAGGAAGGUUGGUUGAAUAAUCUAGUUCCCCACUAAACUCUGGGUUUCGUUUUCCCAAACUCCCUUCCCCCAGCUCAGACAGAACAGCUGAUACCCCCUUGAUCCCCGGGAGCCCGCCCGGGGUGUGGAUUUCCAGGCGCCCGGAGCCUGCCAAGGCUUUGCCUAAAAUGGAUCUGAAGAGCCCAGGGAGGGUAGCUUGGGAGGGUUGGCAGCAGCAGCAAACGCGGGGACAGGGAGGAGAAGCUGGAACUGCAGCGGCAUCAGAAACUUGGGACUUCAACUUUGACGACUUCUAUUUAAAGGGUCCCCCUCCCCCCGUGCCCCAUCCCCACCCGCCAAGUCUCGCGAACCUGAGACCCGGCUCAGGACAACUUGACAGAUCAGUCCCAGCCACAGGUCAGGAGGGCAGCUUUAGAGGGGCAACACCAAGCGAGCAGGGAAGGGAGCCUCUUAGCCCCAGCUAGAGGUCUUGAGAGAUGGAGAGCGCCCAGUACGACUCAGCUCCGACCUCCGAGAGCUAUCUCGGCUCGGAUGAAGAGACGGAGCUGGAGACAGAGGAGGAGUCCGAAGGAGAGGAAGAAACCACCGCAGAAACUGAGGAGGAACUGGACAGCAGCAGGUUAACAGACCAGAAUGAAGAGGACAAGACUAAGCAGGAAUGUAUUAUAUCUGAUCCCUCCUUUUCAAUGGUUACAGUUCAACGUGAAGAUAGUGGGAUAACCUGGGAGACCAGCUCGAGUAGGUCCUCCACUCCCUGGGCCUCAGAAACUAGUUUAACUUCUGAUAUGUAUAGUAUGGAAGGGUCAACAGUAAGUUCUCCUCCAGGGAACAUUUCUUUUAUCUUGGAUGAAGGUAAAAAGGUUCGGAAAAGAACCCGUAAGUCAUCAUCAAAACAUGGCUCCCCAGCUUUGCGUCGGAAAGGAGGUAAAAAGAGACACUCCUUGGAAGGGCAAACGGAUGUCCCAACAAAUGCAAAAGACAAAACUUCAAUUUCAGAUGGAAAAUCAGAACAAGAAAAGUCAUCUUUUGGUACUUAUGAUAAAACUAGAAAAAAGAAGACUGUCUCAAACACACCCCCUAUCACUGGGGCAAUAUACAAAGAAUACAAGCCAUUAGUAUUAAGACCAGUUUACAUAGGAACAGUACAAUAUAAAAUUAAAAUGUUCAAUUCGGUGAAAGAAGAAAUAAUUCCCUUACAAUUUUAUGGAACAUUGCCAAAGGGUUAUGUAAUUAAGGAAAUCAAUUACAGAAAGGGGAAAGAUGCAUCUAUUACUUUAGAACCAGAUGCAAAUCAAGACUCUAGCGUAUUUUCCAAAGCAAGCAAAUCAGUGACCCAAAAUAUAGAGAGUAACAAAGAAAAGCAGCUUUCUCCACCCUGGAGAGAAGCAAUAUCUAAAGAGUCCAGGCCAAUGCCAUCAUUUCUUAAGGAUACAGAAAAAUCAAAGGAAAUUAAUUCAUUUUCACCACCAAAUACAGUUGCCGCAUCUGGGCUUAAACAUACUGUUUCCUCAUAUUCUAGUAAUGAAAUUAUGGAGCCUCAGAGUCUCACCUCAUUAGAUUCAGCAAUUCCAGUUGAAGAAACACCAAUGAAUGAAAUACAAAUUGAUUCUUCAGAUGCUGCAACCUCAGAAUUGAUGUCACCCAAAAUGGUAAAGGAAGAUUUGAAAGCUGAAACACAAGAAACCGUAGUUUUACUACCCACAUUUUCAACCUCACCAUCUUUUGUGGAUGAGGUUGGAGAAGAAGAAAGAGAAUCUGAUUUAUUGGCAACUGAUGCUACAUCUAUUUCUAAGAAUCUCAUUUCAACUAAGGCAGAACAGGAAACCUUUGAGUCCGAUGCACCAGUCACUGCAGCGUGUGCCCCAGAUUCUUUGGAUACAAAGGUAGAAAACUUGGGGCUGUCUUCCCUAGAAAAAGAAGAACCAGUUUCUCCAACUGGCGAAUGGGAGAUGGAAGAGACCAAACCUGAACCCCCAGCCUUGAGAGAAAUGAAAGAGGAAGAAGGGGAUAUUUCCUUACCAAUAACUUCAGGGCCAGAACUUGAAUCCUCAUAUGUAUCUGAAGAAGAGAUCAUUGAAAUUGAUUAUCCAGAAAGUUUAUCUCCCUCUGAAAAUGCCAUCCUAUCUCCUUUGGUUCAUGAAGGGGAGAGAGAAGAAGCUGAACCUGACUUACCACUAUUGGCCACAUCUACUUCUGAAAAUGUGGCUUUAUUAGAGAAAGAGAGAGAAGAUAUUGGGCCUAUUUCUCCAGAUUCAGACUUUGCAUCUGAGUUUUCAAGUUUAUCAUAUUCAACCCAUGAACUAGAGGAAAAAGAAAUGAAGCCAGUUUCUCCACCAGCUGCAUUGUCACCAUCUGAAUAUGAAAUUUUGUCAGAGGAAGAGACCGUGCCUUGUUCCCCAGAGUUCACAUCUGUAUCUGAGUAUUCCGCAACAUCUCCUACUGCAGAAGAGGAUAGUAUCGGGUACCAGUCCCCUAUACAUUUAGCAUCGACAUCUGAAGCCACCAUCUUCUCAGAAGAAGAGACUCUAGAGAGUGAGCGUUACACACCAGAUUCUACAUCUGCUUCUGAAUAUUCAAUUCCCCCAUAUGCAGCACAGGAAUUACAGAAAGAAGAAACUGGUCAACGGACUCCCCUGAGUUCUAUAGCUACAGCUGAACAUAUGAUUAUAUCAGAAGAAGAAAAAGAUGACAUUGGACCCUAUUCUCCAGAUUCAGCAUUUGUCUCUGAAUACUCAGUUUCACCUCAUCCAGUUCGAGAAUCAGAGAAAGAAGAAUCUGAACGGGAUUAUCCAAUACAUGCAACAUCCCCUUCAGAACAUGCUAUUUUCAAUGAAGAAGAGAAUGAAGAGAUUGAGCCUUUUUCACCAGACUCAGCCUCUGACUUUUCAGUCCCUUAUACAACACCUGAACAAGAGAAAAGAGCCGAUGAACCGAGUUCAUUGGAAACUUCCAUGUCUGUUUCGGAAUAUUCUAUUUUUUCAGAAGCAGAGAAGGAAGAAAUGGAGCCUGAGAUCCAAGCAGCUACAAUGCCUGUCCCCGAGCAAACCAUUUUGUCACAGAAACAAAAGGUCCAACAUUCCUCUUCGCUUCCUGAACAGUUGAAGCCGCCACCUUCAGCAGCUGAAGUAGACAAGGAAGAAGCCAAGUCCGACUCUCAAACAGAUGCCAUGUCUGUAUCUGAAUAUCUUAUUUUGUCCCAGAAGCAAAAAAUUGAAAGUGCCUCUAAGGUACUUGAGUCUGAACACUCUGAACUUCCAUCUUCAACUGAUGAAAGAGAAAAGGAAGAAAUCAGACCUGAUUCAUCAAUACCUGCCUUCAUGAAGGCAGGCUCAUCUGAGAAAGAAAAAGUCAAGUCAGUUUUGCCACAAACUUCUGAAACUGAAUCUCAAGAGUCAAUUGUACCAAAAUCAACUCAAGAAGAAAAGAAAGAAUUGGGGGUGGAACCUCCACCUGCUCAAAAAGUGGCAUCUGAACAUUCAACUUUUUCGAAAGUAAGCAAGGAAGAAAUCACGUCCAGCUCCCAGGUUACUCCACCUGAACACCCAGCUUCAAUGUUGCAUAAAGAAAUGGAGUCCCAUUCACCAAGGGCCCCAGACUAUGUGAUGGAACCUUCAGUUGCACCUGGGAAGGCAGGGGAGAAAGUAGCAUCUGAUUCUAUGUCAAUUGAGAAACCUGUGCCUCAGCAGGAAAUUUCACUAAAAAAUAAGGAAAACUUGAAAGACAGCCAACAGGCAAAAUCUUUAGCUGGAUUUGAAAUUUCACAAGCAGAGACAAAGGAAAAAGUUAGGCAAGACAAAGAACAAGCAGCCAUACCUAAAUCCCAGCAUCUGGUUUCAUCUAAAUCAGAGAAAGAGGAAACUCCACAUCUCCCUGAACUGAAAUUGUCAUCAUUGUCAGAAGAAAAUAAAAAAGAAAUUGGUCUUGAUUCUCCACAAGCCACAGCAUCAGAACUGAAACCUUCACUUUUGCUCAAAACGGUAAAGGAAGAAAUCCAAUCAGAUUCACCACUUCCCACAACAUCUGUGUCUGAUGCAGUCUUAUCAAAAGCAAGCAAAGAAGAGCUGAAAGUCUCAUCAUUGUCAGAAGAAAAUAAAAAAGAAAUUGGGCUUGAUUCUCCACAAACCACAGCAUCAGAACUUAAACCUUCACUUUUGCCCAAAACGGUAAAGGAAGAAAUCCAAUUAGAUUCACCACUUCCCACAACAUCUGUGUCUGAUGCAGUCUUAUCAAAAGCAAGCAAGGAAGAGCUGAAAGUCUCAUCAUUGUUAGAAGAAAAUAAAAAAGGAAUUGGGCUUGAUUCUCCACAAGUCACAGCAUCAGAACUGAAACCUUCACUUUUGCCCAAAACGGUAAAGGAAGAAAUCCAAUCAGAUUCACCACUUCCCACAACAUCUGUGUCUGAUGCAGUCUUAUCAAAAGCAAGCAAGGAAGAGCUGAAAGUCUCAUCAUUGUCAGAAGAAAAUAAAAAAGAAAUUGGGCUUGAUUCUCCACAAGCCACAGCAUCAGAACUGAAACCUUCACUUUUGCUCAAAACGGUAAAGGAAGAAAUCCAAUCAGAUUCACCACUUCCCACAACAUCUGUGUCUGAUGCAGUCUUAUCAAAAGCAAGCAAGGAAGAGCUGAAAGUCUCAUCAUUGUCAGAAGAAAAUAAAAAAGAAAUUGGGCUUGAUUCUCCACAAGCCACAGCAUCAGAACUGAAACCUUCACUUUUGCCCAAAACGGUAAAGGAAGAAAUCCAAUCAGAUUCACCACUUCCCACAACAUCUGUGUCUGAUGCAGUCUUAUCAAAAGCAAGCAAGGAAGAGCUGAAAGUCUCAUCAUUGUCAGAAGAAAAUAAAAAAGAAAUUGGGCUUGAUUCUCCACAAGCCACAGCAUCAGAACUGAAACCUUCACUUUUGCCCAAAACGGUAAAGGAAGAAAUCCAAUCAGAUUCACCACUUCCCACAACAUCUGUAUCUGAUGCAGUCUUAUCAAAAGCAAGCAAGGAAGAACUGAAAGUCUCAUCAUUGUCAGAAGAAAAUAAAAAAGAAAUUGGGCUUGAUUCUCCAGAAGCCACAGCAUCAGAACUGAAACCCUCACUUUUGUCCAAAACGGUAAAGGAAGAAAUCCAAUCAGAUUCACCACUUCCCACAACAUCUGUGUCUGAUGCAGUCUUAUCAAAAGCAAGCAAGGAAGAACUGAAAGUCUCAUCAUUGUCAGAAGAAAAUAAAAAAGAAAUUGGUCUUGAUUCUCCACAAGCCACAGCAUCAGAACUGAAACCUUCACUUUUGCCCAAAACGGUAAAGGAAGAAAUCCAAUCAGAUUCACCACUUCCCACAACAUCUGUGUCUGAUGCAGUCUUAUCAAAAGCAAGCAAGGAAGAACUGAAAGUCUCAUCAUUGUCAGAAGAAAAUAAAAAAGAAAUUGGUCUUGAUUCUCCACAAGCCACAGCAUCAGAACUGAAACCUUCACUUUUGCCCAAAACGGUAAAGGAAGAAAUCCAAUCAGAUUCACCACUUCCCACAACAUCUGUGUCUGAUGCAGUCUUAUCAAAAGCAAGCAAGGAAGAGCUGAAAGUCUCAUCAUUGUCAGAAGAAAAUAAAAAAGAAAUUGGUCUUGAUUCUCCACAAGCCACAGCAUCAGAACUGAAACCUUCACUUUUGCCCAAAUCGGUAAAGGAAGAAAUCCAGUCAGAUUCACCACUUCCCACAACAUCUGUAUCUGAUGCAGUCUUAUCAGAAGAAAAAGUAGAUCUCAGUUCUUUACCAACAGACCAUUUGGUUCUAAAUGAGAACCUAUUUGAAAUAGGUUCACCUAUUGAAAUAGCAGCAGCCAAGGUUCCAGUCUGGUCAGAAGUAGAUAAUGAAGUGAAUUUACAUGCACCUUCAAGUGCAAGGGAUUCAGCAGAGCAUGCAGUCUUGCCAGAAGUGCUAAAAGAAGAGGAAAAGCCUGAGUCACCAAUACCUGAGCAUUCAUUUCUUUCAAAGGUAGGAAAUGAUCAAGGUGUCCCACCUCUGACAGUUCCUGCAGUUGAACGUUCAACUUUGUCAGAGAAGCAAGCCUCUGAAUCAUCCACUCCAGCAUCAAUGACUGAAAGUACAGUUCCACCAUACAUGGCUGUUGAAAUGGAGAAAAAAUAUGCAAAAGUUCCUUUAUCAAAGACUGUAAUAUCAGUAUCAGAUCAAAGAGUUACUUCACAAGAAAAGGAAGAAAUAAAAUCCCCCCUGAAUGAAUUGGAAACUUUGGGGAUAGAAGACUUAUCCAUGAAAUCAAUCACUCCUACAGGUGAGAGGAGUAGACAGGAACCUGGAAUGUUGAUGUCAGAUAAAAGUUAUUUGCUGUCAGAAAAGCCAACUGUUCCUUCAUCAAUGGAACCUGCACUGGAAUUAUCAGGGGUUAUGGCAGAGCUGUCACAAGGUUUAGUGAGUGAAAAUGGACACAGGGAUGCAAAACAGGAAAUCUCUCUCAUAUCAGCAACAGGAAGCUCAGUGCUAGAAAGGGCAAAGUCAGAGGCUAAGAUCAAGGAAGAAGGGAAGCAAGUUUCGGCUGUUUUGGCUGAGGUGGUCAAUGUGGUGUCAGAUCAAUCAGUAGCUUCUUUUGUUGAAAAAGAAAAUCCAGAACCUCAGCAAGAUAAUUUUUCAUUAAAAGAGUUAUUAGAAGAAUCAAAAGACUUGGUAGCCUCUAAUGAAGGAAAGAAACAAAAAGGUCAUCCUUUGACUUUUGUAGGAAAUUUGGUCCCACAAGGCACAGGGGAUAUUUUGACCAAAACAAAUGAAAAUGAUGUCCAAACACCUUCAUUCCUUAUGUCUCAAAACAUACCUGAACCAUCCAAGAUGGCCUCUUUUGAUCUUUCUGAGGAACAAGCAAGACAAAAAUCUAUGCUUUGCCCAGAUGAUAUUGUUAAUUUAUCUGACUCAUCAAUAAGCAGUCCCUUGGUUGAUCAAAAGGAUAUUGCUAUGAAGUUACCCUCAUUUGCAGAAGCAAAUUUGCCUUUGGAAGAGUCAAAAUCUAUUGUGACAGUUGAGCCUAGAGAUGUUAAAGAUGCAAAAGAGUCCCUCUCUUUGCAAAAAGAAGGAAUUUGGCUGCAAAAAGAGCAGAGUCAAGAGCAGACUAGACCUGACAAGGAAAGAGUGCUGGAGUCAGGGCAACUGUAUUCUUCUGCCACAGAUGGAAGACCACUGGGACAGUUAAUGUCUGUUUCACCCGAGAAGAAACAAACUUUUGAACAUAUAAAACAAGAAAACAUUUACCCAGCUGAAGAACCUGAUUUAUCAGCACAGAUACCAACAUCUCCUCUGGGUAGACCCGAGGAUCAUAGAGAGAAACUGACAACUCAGACCUACUUUUCUCCAGAAAUACAAAUGGCUGAAAAGCCAAGAAGUACAGUUGUAGUUGAAAAAGCAGGUAGACCUGAAGUUAAUGAGAGGCAGUUCUCUCCAUUAGUGGCUCCUGAAAGUGUGAUACCUGAAAAGUUAAGCACUGAAGAUAUCCAGGAAAAAUUCACACCAACCUCAGAAAGUGCCACUAAGAUGCAAAUGCAAGUCUCUGGAGACCACAUAAAGGAGAAGGUAAAACCUGCAAUUAUUCCUUCUUCAGUCAAAGCAACCAGUGGUCUGGCAGAAGAUUCAAUAACUGUCUUAAGUAGUGAAAAAGAAGAUCUGAGAAGUACACCAUAUUCUUCCACAGAGAAAAGGCUCUUGGAAGAAUCAAAAACAGACACUUCGAAGGUUGCAAAAACUGCUGAUGAAGUCCAGCAGACAAAAUCAGAGAAACCUAAGUCUGAGGUCAAAAUUUUAAUGCAAGAAAAACCAAAGCUUUCCCUAAUUCAAUCUGGGGAAAUAACUGCAGCACUGGAUUCCCCAGAAUUAAUUAACAAAGUACCCAAGCAGGCUGAAACUGCUCCCCCAAGUACUGCCACUGAUGGUAAAGCCAAAAAAGGAGUUUCAUCUUUCACUUCGUGGAUGGCCAGUCUGUUUUUUGGAGCAAGUGCUCCAGAAAAGGAUGUUAAUGAAAAAGAAGCUCUGCCAAGCCCUGCUGCAGACACAUCUGUGUUGGAAGGGGAGGUUAAAAUGACAGUUCCAGCUAUCCCUGAUGACUUUAAUGAAGCUGAGAAACCAGCACUGUCUCCUUUAUCAGUGUCAGGACUUUUGCCUGAGAAAGAACCUCAAACCAUUUUAAUUAAAGCCAGUGAAGAAAGGGAGCAGAAAGAAACACCAUUAUCUUUACCUAACCAAGUAGAUAAGGAGUCAUCCAAAUUGACUGCCUUAAGAGUUGAAAAGAUGUCACUACAAACUCAUCAUUUAUCAGAGUCAUCAUUACCAGGGGCAGAAUCUAGAACUGCCUUAACAGAAUCUGGAAAACCAAGACAGCUCAAAGAAGACUUUAUGUUUUUAUCUGCCAUGGAAGAGGAUGAAAGCCAACAACUAUCAUUUGCUAAAGCAGAUUUGUUUAGGGAACCACAGAGUGCUUCAGUGGGCCCCACAGAAAGGAACAAAGAAGAAAGUUAUCAGUCUCCUUUGGCAAAGAAAGAAAAGUUAAUUUUGGAAAGAUCUGAUGCUAUCACAGUCAGUCCUGAGGAGGAAGGUGAACAAAAAGGAAGUAUUACAGAUUUAUCUCUAGGUGAAAAUAAUCAAAGAACUCAGCUUCCCUCAGCAGGGAGAACCAAUUUUGCUUCUGAAGAAUCAGGAAUCACCUGUGGUAUUUCUCAUGAUGAAACUGAAAAUCUGAAAAAUCAAACAUAUUCUUUGGCUAAAGCAAAAUCUGGAGAAUCACAAAUGAUGUUGUCAGUAGCUCACCCAGAAAUCAAGGAAACAAAAACAGUAGGAAUUCAGCCAACUUCUUUAAGGGAGAAGGAUUCAUUGGAAGAAAAGACUAAGACAUUAAUUCCAACUAGUCCCAGUCACCGGGUUGAAGUAGACCAGGAAAACAUUUGUGCUUUACCUGAUAUGGAAAGUCUGAGGUCUAAAGUACCAAGUCAUAGUGAAGAAAAGGAACAACACUUGCUUUUCUCUGAUACACCACAUGCUAUGGUUGAGCCUUCAAAAGAGAUUUUAUCUGAUAUUACCAAGGAAAGCAAGAAGCAAGAGUCACAACCUGAAUUUGGUAGACUAGUGUCCAGAGAAUCUAAAACUCUAGAUAGUCCCUUUGAUGAAUCAAGGAGUUUAGCUCAAUUACCUUCUUCUCCAGAAGCAAUUUUCUCACCUAUGAAAUCACCAAAUGUGAUUUCAGUAUCUUCUCCAGAAGUUAAUAAAUCGGAAAUUUCAUCACCAGAACUAACUGGAGCAGGUCAGACUUAUCAAGCCAAAGAUGGUGCACCACAUUCACCUGUGCCAUCUACUUUUGUCUCAAAACAAGUUUCUGAUUUUCAGACAAAGGCAAUGGAAGAUUUUCAGGUAGAUAAACCAUACCCAUCAGCAGUUCAUGAUUCUAAUGAAGUUACAUGUGAUAUGACAUCAACUAGUCGUAAAGAAAUUUCUUCCAGUGAAAGCCUAAUGAAGGAAUCUGAAAAUCUUUUUGUAAAAGAUGGAGCAUUUGCAGUUCCCAUGGUGACCAGCAAACCCCCUGGCCUUACAGAAGAUCAAAAAAAUGCAUUUAGCAUCAUCUCUGAAGGUUGUGAGAUAUUGAACAUUCAUGCUCCUGCUUUUAUUUCAUCAGUUGAUGAGGAGGAGUGUGAAAAAAUGCGGGAUAAAUUAGAGUACUUGGAAGAAAAGACUUCACAAAGCAUUCAACCCUUACAUGAUGGCAGUGAGGUGACUGAAGGCCAUGAAGUUUUGAGAAAUGAGUCCCUUGCAGGUGACUCAGAUGUAGAUAUAUCCCUGGGAAAGGGAAAGAUACAAGAGAAAACUCACCCAGCAGAAGAGGACGUUUCCACUGACUCAGAUGUGCCCUUCAAUUAUGAUACAAUGCCCAGUGAGGUGGAUUAUUUUGAAAAAUAUACUCUGAUUGAUUAUAACAUCUCCAAAGAGCCACUAAAAAAGGAAUCUUUUCAAAAGCAAGAUGUUGAAGGAGAACCCCAAAAGAAAAUUCCUGAAGAAACUACCUCUUUCCCAGAAAGUUCAGCAGAUAAGACUCUGGAAUGUGAGUUUGAUUUGAUGAAAUUAGAUGAAAGCUUUUAUGGAAUGGAAAAAGAGGAUGGCAAAGUUUCUUAUAAAGAAUCUCAGUCAUCUUUACCUACCCUCAAAUCAACUGACAGUGAAACUCCAAGGGAUGUAAACAGAGAUGUGAACUCAAAGUCCCCUGGAAUGCUCUUGUUCAGUGCAGAAGAAGGAGUAUUGUCCCGAAAGCAACUAUUUUCUAUGGAAGUUAAAGCUAUUAACCCAGAACUGCUGGAGGAACAACCAGCACUAGCAUUUUUAUAUAAGGAUCUAUACGAAGAAGCAGCUGGGGACAAAAAGAAGGAAGAUGAGACCAUCUCUGAUAAGGAAAGCCUGAAGUCUGAUGGCUCAUUUCCAAGCAGACAUUCUGAUGCUGAAGAAGAAACCGGAAUGUAUUUUGAAAAGUACAUUCUCAAAGAUGAAAUUCUACACGAUGCAUCUGGAUAUCAGAAAGACCAGAGCCGACCUCUGGAAGAAAUACCAGUUGAUAAAAAUGACUCAUGUCAAAUAAAAGCUGGAAAAGGAGAAGUCUGGGGGAGGUUUGGAACUAUUUUGGGGGAGAAAAGCAUAGAGGAGGAACAAAGAGCUAUGUUUGGUGAAGAGGAAUUACGAAGUAGUGUGGAAAACCAUAAAGAUAAAGAGCUACAGGGAAAAGUGCCCAUCACUGAGGAAGUCCAGUUGGCUUCUCAGAAAAUAAGUUACGCAGUGCCCUUUCAAGACACACAUUACAUUUUGGAGAGGGUAGAUGAACCUGUUGACCAGGCUAAUGAAGAAGAAAAUGCUAGUCCUGAGGUAAGUCAGCAUUUCCCUGUGGAAGUGUCUUACCCAGAAGAAGAAUCCAUGUCAGGUGCAACAGCUGCUCCAGAACGCCUGCAAGUGGAACCUCAAGGAUUUGUACUUCCUGAAAUGAUGGAGUCAAGAGCCUGCAGCAGCCCUGUUCAAGAUGAAUAUGAGUUUGCAGAAUUAAUGAGUUAUGGAGAGGCUGCUCGAGAGAAUCUCUUAUCAGAUGACAUGUUCUCAGAAUCCACGCCUGAAGAUGUCCUGUCCCAAGGCAGGGAGUCUUUUGAGCUUGUUGGAGAAAAUGCUGAAUUUAUGAAGGAAGAAGAAGAACAAAGUAGGUCUGUUCCACAGAAGGAUUUGGGAUCUGAGGUUGUAGAGCCAGAGCGACCAUUGGCCGAGGCAGAAGAUGCACAGAAAGAAGCAAAAAAAUCCCAGAUCGACACAUAUUGCUACACAUGUAAAUGCCCUAUUUCUGCAAUUGAUAAGAUAUUUGGGGAACACAAAGACCAUGAAGUUGCGGCACUUGACACAGCUAUUGAUGUGGUCAAGAUUCAAUUAGGGGAAUUUCUAGACAAUUUAAAAGAAAAGUCUUUGAAGAUUGAAGCCUUUGUUACUGAGAUUGAAUCAUUCUUCAAUACUAUUGAGGAAAACUGUAGCAAAAAUGAGAAACGGCUUGAAGAACAGAAUGAAGAAAUGAUGAAAAAGGUGCUGGCCCAGUAUGAUGAGAAGGCACAGAGUUUUGAGGAAGUGAAGAAGAGGAAAAUGGAAUACCUGCAUGAGCAGAUGGUGAACUUCCUACAGAGUAUGGAUACCGCCAAGGAGACUCUAGAGACAAUCGUCAAGGAAGCAGAAGAACUCGAUGAGACUGUUUUCCUGACCUCAUUUAAAGAAAUCAAUGACAGGUUGCUUUCUGCUAUGGAGAGCACAGCUUCUCUGGAAAACAUUCCUACUGCAUUUUCACUUUUUGAGCAUUAUGAUGACCGUUCUACAAGAAGUGACCAGAUGUCAAAACAUGUAGCAGUACCACAGCCCCCCAUAUUGGAACCUCAGGAACCCAACUCUGCCACCAGUACAACGAUUACAGUGUAUUGGAGUGUGAGGAAAGAGGAUGUAAUUGAGUCUUUCCAGGUUUACUGCAUGGAAGACCCUGAAGAAGAUAGUGAAGCAAAUGACUUGGUGGAAGAAUACCGACUUACAGUGAAGGAAAGCUAUUGCCUUUUUGAAGAUCUGGAACCUGGUCGGUGUUAUCAAGUAUGGGUGAUGGCCGUUAACUUCACAGGAUGUAGCCUGCCAAGUGAGAGAGCCAUUUUCAGAACUGCACCCUCCACCCCAAUAAUUAAGGCUGAGGACUGCACAGUGUGUUGGAACACUGCCACCAUACGCUGGAGCUCCGCCAACCCCAGGGCUGCUGAUGCUUAUACAGUGGAGUAUUGCAGACAGCAUUCCCCAGAAGGAGAGGGUCUCAGAUCUUAUUCUGGAAUUAAAGGAUUUCAGCUAAAAGUUAAUCUCCAGCCCAAUGAUAACUACUUUUUCUAUGCAAAAGCUGUCAAUGCUUUUGGGACAAGUGAACAAAGUGAAGCUGCCCUCAUUUCCACCAGAGGAACCAGAUUUCUCCUACUGAGAGAGACUGCUCACCCUGCACUACAGAUCUCUUCAGAUGGAACAGUAAUCCGCUUUACAGAGAGAAGGCGACUCACUGAAACUCCAUCUGUUCUGGGUGAGCAACUACCUCCCUGUGGCCAACAUUACUGGGAAACCACAGUAACAGACUGUCCAGCAUAUCGUCUUGGAAUCUGCUCCAGUUCUAACAUGCAAGGCAGUGCUCUUGGACAAGGAGAUGCUUCUUGGUAUAUGCACUGUUCUGAGCCACAGAGGUAUAAAUUUUUCAGCAAUGGCACUGUGAGCAACGUCCACGUGACUGAACAUGCAGUCAGAGUGGGCAUUCUGCUAGACUACAGCAACCAGAGACUUUUAUUCAUAAAUGCUGAGAGUGGGCAACUGCUCUUCACCAUCAGGCACAGGUUCACAGGGCCCAUUCACCCUGCCUUUGCCCUAGAGAAGCCUGGACAAUUCACCCUGCACCUGGGGAAAGAGCCGCCAGAUUUUUUGAGGCAUAAAUAAUGAUUUGCUUUCAAAAUAGUGUUAUUUGGAGGAGAAAGAAUUCACAUUUAAGGGGUCUGUUCUUUCCAUGGAUCCUCAGUACAUGUGUCCACACUCAUACCCACAACUACUACUACUAAUAUUAUAUAUGCUAAUAAUAACAGCACACACAGAACAACAUUACCUUUCAUUUGUGUGGCCUUGGGUGAGAAAAAAGGUUGAACAACCCCAUGCCCAUUGAGUUAUACAUUAUGAUGUCUACUCAGAAUAAAUUUCUAAUGUAAAAGUUUGGGUUAGAUCUGCGGGUCAAAAUGGAGAGAGCCACAUUCAAAGACAUUCUCUCUUCAUUAUCAAGGAAAUAAUUACCAUGAUGGACAGUGGAGGAAAAGGAAAGUGGGAAUGAUGAUGAUCUACCAUAUGAAUGAGUUGUUUCUCCCACUAAAGGAACAUCUGACUCUUUCUGCAAGGGAAUAAAACAUAACAUGUCCUAAGACAUUUCACCAUGACAAAAUGAGUCCCAAAUGUGGAAUAUUAUCUCUCACUCUGAAAUAUGUUAUUGUUGUAAAGGUUAUAAUGAACUAUUGUAUAAUAUUGUAUACUCUUGUACAUGAGCCCCUUUUCUCUCAAAAUCAAAAUGUAGACACUGCUAGACUUUAGGAAUUUGCUUUUCUAUAAAUAAAUGGAUAGAAAAUAUAAAAUAAAAAUGGUGGCCAUGAAGAUGUUAUUAUACACACUGAAUUAUAGGUCAACUUAUCUAUGUAUUUUAUAUAUCAACUUAUCUUCUCAGGAAUACCUGAGAAAAGCUGAUGGGUAUUGUAUCUCUAGGGGCUGAGCUUUGAUUAAUUUUUAAAAUGUGAAAAUGAUACUUCAAAUUCUUCCCCCCCAAAAAAAGUAUCAGUUCAUAAAAAACAAGAUCAGCUAUGAGAAAAAGAGGGAAUGUUUAUGUUUAUUUAGGUUAUUGCUUCACAUUAGAUAUAGUUUUUAAUAACAUGUUAUAGCUUUUAAGAGCAUAUUUUAGUUUUUAAGAGCAUGUUUUUUUUUAACACCUUUUGUCAUUACAUCAGUCAUUUAUGAAAACAAUGACAAAAACAACCCUUUUCAGACCUCCCAUACUGAAUUCCUUCCCCAUGUAACAAGAAAAAACAACUAACCAAACCCAUUCACCCACCCAAUCACACUCAUAAACACACACACACACACACACACAUCUGGUUCAAUGACCACAUUUGAAAACAUAUUCAACUUUCUGCUGUAAUAUUCCCUGGAGUAUGCUAGAGCCAGAUCAAUCUGGCUCAAGAAAGUUGAUGGUUUAAUUUUGAGUGUGAGCAUUUGCACCUGGGAAGUUGGCUGACAAAAUUAGAUCUUGAUUUAUUGUUAUGGGUAAUGUCUAGACUUAAGAAAGUCAUGGGGAAAAUAUUAUUAAUGCAGAUUAAACUUUAAACUGUG